AUGGGAUUACGUUUGGGAAGUUUGAGCUUUAACGACCAGCUAAUUUUAGUUGCCAGCGCAGUAACGGUUAUUGAAACGGCACCUCCAACGAAACCCUUAAGUGAUGUUUCAAUUACAACUACAACACAAAGACAACCAGUUGAAGAAAUUCAACUGGUUCAGCCUCAUUUCAUAACAAUCGAAAGUUUGGAAACGUUGUUGAAACAUGCCGGGGAAAUUUUCCGACCAGAGUCUUAUCAAUUCGAACAGGCGAAAACUGAACACCAGGCAGAGGGUUCAGAUAAAUUGCAUAAGCCUCAUCAACAAAUGCAGCCACCAUUGGAUCAACCUUACAGCUUUUAUUUACCUUUAUAUGAUUAUGUUAAUGAUAAUUUGGAUGAGAAAAGUCGUAAUAUGGAAAAAUUAGUGCCACCUCCAUUGCCAAGUGAUAAUAUCAAUUAUUAUGCUACUAAACCAAAGAAAUUACCAAAAAAAUUUAAUGCUGAAACGAAACAAGUCAAUUUGAAAUGGUUAAAUAAGUAUGAAACAGAAGCUCUAACAGAUUCAUCAAGACAUUUGCCUGAGGGAGUUUAUGUGGUCAAUGAUGAGCGAAGCCGAAUAAAUUUUGAUGAUUCUUUUUUUGGCGAAGAUGUUGCAGUAAAAUUUCCAGAUAAUCAGCCACAUAGAACUUUAAAGAAAACCGUUUCAAAAACGAAUGCCGAUGGUUACCUUAAUAUGGGUGAAGAGUUAUCAGAAGAGGAUCUCCUAGCAGUUCCAGCAUUACAAUUUCCAAAUGUAAGCAUAGAAGGAAAAGUACAACAUUAACAUAUUUUUGGAGUAAAUUUAUUAAAUAAUUAAA